AUGGGAGAGACCCAGAGAGUGAUUGGCAAAAAACUAAACACCGUUAGAGCCAGAGCGAAAAACUGCCAGUGCCAAGUGGGCAUGAUCGAGUUUAGAGAGAAUAAACCUUACAUACCCAGCGGCUCAAAGGAUCCCGGCCAAAGGGAGAACGCCGAGGGAGGGGCAAGUGAUGACGAAUGGGAGAUUACCGGAGACCAAGGAGAGGAGCCGGAGGAAAACCCCCUUGUAGCAUGUUCCACUGCCAUCCCCGGAUGGUGCGACCAGAGGUUAAGAUUAGAGAUGUCUGGUGCAUCAGGCAGCGUGUCUGGUUCGAGUGGAUCGACUAGUAGCCGUCCAAAAAGAAUUGUGGGUGUUCCUAAGAAAUUUUGGUGUGGUGAACAGAUUGUGGCUUUGAUUUCAAAAUCCGACAACAAUCCGUAUCGGCGAUACUUCAGGUGUGCGUAUGCUGCAUCAAAGAAGAUUGUGAAUGAUAAUCACAACUUCAAAUGGGUUGAUGAGGCUCUGUUAGAUGAGAUUGAGAGACUGCAAAUCAAGAAUUCAAGCCUUGAGCAAGAGAUAAAGGAAUCGGCAACUGAGAAAUUGGGUUUGGAGAAGAUGAUUUUUGAAAAAGUUCAAAGGAAGCUUGAGAAGGAAAUAUUUGACAGGGUUGAAGAUGUGUUGGCUGAAGCCAAGUGUGGUAUGAGGAAAAUGAUAAUGCUAGUCGUAGUUGGAUGUCUGCUCAUGUUAGGGAUAAUCAGAUUAGUUGGAUGA